UUUGGUCAAAGUCUAGAGCUAAAAACCUCCUCCGCCUUCGAAUCCGAAACCCUUCGAUCUCGUUCAACCUUGGGAAAUGGCGCAGACCAGCAAUAAGAGUAGCAUCCCCAUCACCGAGCUCUUCUGGUCUCUCCUCGACAAAGCCGAUCGCAAAUUCUCUAGGGUUCGCGAUCUCCCCAACUUCGGUCGCAAUCGCAACGACGCGGAUUUCCACAAGGCGUUCAAGAUCUACACCCAGCUGUGGAAGCUGCAGCAGGAGCAUCGGCAGAAGCUGGUGGAAGCCGGGCUUCGACGAUGGGAGGUGGGGGAGAUUGCUGCCCGGAUCGCUCAGUUAUACUACGGGCAAUACCAGCGGACCGGCGAUUCUUCUUACCUUUCCGAAGCCUACAUCUUCUACGAGGCCAUCUUCAGCCGGGAGUACUUCAGGGAUGGUGGCGGCGGAGGGGCUCAGGCGCAGGAUACGGCGCUGGCAAACAAGCAGCUCAGGUUUCUCGCCCGAUUCCUGAUCGUCUGCCUUGUGCUCGGCCGGCGGGAGAUGGUCUUCAAGUUGGUCGGUUCGCUCAAGGCGAUGGUGGAUGAGUGCAAGAAGAGCUUCCAGGAAGCAGAGUUCAGAGAGUGGAAGCAUGUGGUCCAAGAAAUAAUCAGAUUUCUUAAAGCUGAUACAACUUUCAUGAACAUGAGGCCUUUAAGAUAUAGUUUUCUCUUUGACUCACAUCCUGACUCUCUUCCUGUUAUAUCUUCUAGCUUCACUAGGAGGGGUUUGGUAGUACGUGAUGCAAUUUUGUGCAGUUAUCAUCACAAUGAGGUCAAGUUUACAGAGCUGACUCUAGAUACCUUCAGAAUGCUUCAAUGCCUGGAGUGGGAGCCCUCUGGUUCAUUCUCAACGAGGAAUGGAACUGAUAGUGGUCACUUUGGGACUGGCAUUAAUCGAGUGAAUCUAUUCCAAGAUAUUAGGGACCAGACAUUGCCACCCAAUCCACGGAAGUUAAUUUUGUACCGCCCUUCAAUUACUCAUUUCCUUUUGGUCCUGGCCACAAUCUGCGAGGAACUUCCUCCUGACGGGAUCAUGCUGAUAUAUCUUUCAGCUGCAGGAGGAUCUGGAUUAAGUAAUCCAGUACCAUUAACUUCUGAAAUUUCCUUGGAUACUGCUGAGAAGAUUGCAGGAAAUUUUAGUAAUCUUGAGAUAUGCUCACCACUGGUUUCUCAACAGUGUAGACCAACUCGUCCAUGUGUUGAAAAUAAGGAUGCUAGCGAAAUUGGUAUUGAUGAACAAGCCUCUUUAUGGUUAGGUUCUCGUGGAACUGGAGGUUCAAGUUCUAUUUACCCUUGCGAUUUGAUUCCAUUUACAAGAAAACCAAUUUUUCUGGUGAUCGACAGUGACAGGAGUCAAGCAUUCAAGGUUAUACAUGGAGCUGAGAAAGGUGCGACAGUUGCUAUGCUUCUCUCUCCAUGCUCUAGGCCUCCACCCUCAGGAACUACUAGCGAAUUUGCUCGUUCUCAACAAGGAAGCCAAUUCACUAUGUUCCUGUCAGCACCAGUGCAAGCUUUCUGCUUCUUGAUUGGUAUUUCCGGUGCAAAUGUUGAUAAGGAUAAAUACGAUAAGGCAGAAAAAUUAUUGUCAUUUUCACUCAGUGAGUGGGAAAGAGCUUUAGUGACGUCAAAUGAUCUACAUCCAGUUUGGAUUGAAGUCUUGGGCGACCCAUUUUUGAGGCGGCUUCUUCUCAGAUUUAUCUUUUGCAGGACUGCUCUUGCACUUUAUGCACCCGCAUGGCAUCACGAUGAAUAUCUUCCUGAAUGCUUACCUCAUUUACCCGAACCAGUUGAUCCAAAUAGCUACAUUUCUCAAUCUGCUAUAAUGAAGCUAGCAGACACAUUUGGCAUCAUAAACCAGUUUGUGUUUUCGGAAGAGAUUCUGCUAUCAAAGCAUGGCGAUGAUGACUCUGCAAUGGAAAGACUUCCAGAAACUGAAGAAGACGACACAACGGAUCCUGAUGAAACAUAAGCAUCAUCUCCAAAAUUUUGUUAGCAAUUGCAUCUACUGGAAGAAGCAUCUCACUACGCUCUUGCCUACAUUGCCCACCAACUGGUUGCUAGUGACUUUGAGCCUCAUUCUUAGCAGCUCAUCAUCAUCGCUGAGCUACAAUGGUUUGCGACGACUUGGGAAUUUGGAUAUGAAGUAUUCUUCGAGCUCUUAUUUUAUAUUUGCCUCCUUUUAGAAACUCAUGGUAAGUGAUAAUUGUUAUCGGCAUUGAAACAAAGUAGAAAUAUGUGAUAAGCAGAUUGGUGAUCAACGCUGUUGUUUAUGAUUUCAUUGGAUAAUUGCUGCUCUGGUUGGUUCUAGAAUAAUUUCUUUUAUGUUGAUUAUGAUAAAA